UCAGCAGGUUAUUGGACAGUUUUUAUUCUCACCUAAGGAGCUCUCUAAUCAACCUGGAUGAGAAUAAUCACGGCAACAGGAUUUCUACCUCACUACUAUUUCCAAACUCCUAACAUGACAAUCUCCUGUGGACAUGUGUCAGGAUUCAGAAUUCUCUAACAGGCAUGAAUGGGACAGCAAUUGAAAAUUUUGUCUGUGUCAUUUUUAAUGUUUCCUUCAUGAAUUGCACUUGGCAUGUGGGCAGGAAUGUUUCAGGAGAUACCCAAUAUUUCCUGUACUGGAAGACCUCAAGGAAAGAAGACUUCACAGGAUGUCAGAAUUACAUCAAAGAUAAUUAUGGAAGGCACACAGGAUGUAGAUUCCAAAAUGUGACAAUAGAAAAUAAGAGAGCUUAUUUCCUGGUAAAUGGUUCUAGAAAUGGACAAAACAUUCAGUCAUAUAAGAAGAUGAUUAUCCUGUACAAAAUUGAAAAACUCACCCCUCCAUCAAAUGUCACUGUGAACUGUACAGAAGCUUCUCAUGGUUGUGAAAUUCAGUGGCAACCACCUCGCACAAGUCAUGUGAAAAGACGUGGUUGUUUCAAAUAUGAAAUUGUCAUAGAAAAUAAGGCUGAUCCUGAGAAAAACAUCAGAAACACAUCUAGAAGAGAAAGCAGCAUCACAGGAAACUCCUAUAUAUUUGAAAGCUUCAGCACAGAAAAAAGGUACAGCGUCAAAAUCAGAGCAACUGACAAUGGCUGUUUAGUGAGCACUAGCUGGGGAGAGUGGAGUACACCUGUAGAGUUUGGAACAAGCCAACUUACAUCUACUUCACCAUAUAUGUUAUCUCUGAUAUCAGUGCUGGCAGCAGGCCUUGUACUUCUUCUCUGCACAGUAAGAUCUUAUUUGAAAAAAGCAUCUGCUACAAUACCACGGCCAAGAGACCCAUUCUAUGAGCUCUGCUCAAUGGAUUUCAAGGCAGAAUUUAAGAGUCAGUCAAUAAUGCAUGAAACUGAAGAAACAAUAGCAAUGAUUGAAGAAGUGACAUAAUGGCAUGCAAGAGAAAGAAGCAACCUGAAUUUUUUCAAACAUGUAUACCUUCUUGAUAAAACACAGCAGUGAGCCAGCUACCUGAAGUAAAUUAACUCUACCUCAGCUGCAACAAGUACAGCAGCAAUUUACAGGUUUUUCAUACAUUUUCCCCCUUGCAAACAGAGAGAAAAAUGUUUCUUGUAGAGGCAAUUCCCCAAUAACCUAUCUUUAAAAGCCUUUCUCUAUUUGAUUGUAUUUUCCAUUAAUAAUUUUUGUUGGUUGGAUUAUUUUUGGUUUUUUCUUAUGUCCAGGUUUCUGAUGGGGUAAUUUUCUCCCUAGUAGCUGGUGCAGUGUUGUGUUUUGGCUUUAGUCUGACAACAAUGCUGAUAACACACUGAUGUUUUAGUUGUUGAUCAGUAGCACUUACCCUGAUCAAGGACUUUUCAGUCUCUCAUGCUCUGCCAGGGAGAAGGGGCAAGGGAAGCCAGGAGGAAGCAGAAACAGGACACCUGACCCAAACUAGCCAAAAGGGUAUUCCAUACCACAGCACAUCAUGCCCAG